AUGACAGCUGGAGAUAUGACAACACAGUCUGAUUCACCUUAUCCAGAUUGCGUGAAGAAGCGUGUAAGUAGGGCUUGCGACCGCUGUCGCCUGAAGAAGUCAAAAGUACUCAUCCCUUGUUCCCGUUGUCGUGCUGACAACACUAUCUGCGUAUUUGGCAAGCAGAAGCAAAAAGCCUUCGAUAAAGUAUACCCGAAUGGAUAUGUUGAAAUACUCGAGCAACAACAAGCCUGGCUCGUUCAGGGUCUCCAGGAGCUCUACCACCGUACUGCAAAGGCUGAAGGUGGGCUUAGGGCCCAAUUAAAGCCAGAUUCGCAGGGUCACUGGCUUAUACAGGAUUUGCUUGUUCAUUUAGGUAUCUUCGAUCUAUCAAAGGCCGAGUAUUUCGAAGAGAGCCCAGAUAUCCUUCAGCGUCGCCUCUGGAACGACAAUUUGCAACCCCAAGUCUCUGAGACAAGCUCCGCGAGCGUCCUUUCUCCGGUUUUUAGUCCACUUUCGUCCCACAGUUGCUCCUCCAUCUGCAGCGAGAGAAGUUGUCCAGUUCAACAAAAUCUCAACCCCGUAACCAACAUCGCCUCGAGAGAUAACAGUGAUGGGAAUGUGCACCGUGAAGCCCAAGAUCGCAUGUGCAUGCAAGGUGUUUCCAAUUCGGUGAACGUACAAAGUGUCCCCCAGCGAUUAUCUGCUAGAAAUGACCUUUGGCUGUCCGAUGAGAUGGAUCUCAGCUUGAUAGACCAAAUUCCUCCGUCAACGCUCGUUUGGCCCCCUAUGUCAAUGGAACUUCCGCAGUCAAGCGAGUACGACCAAGUUUUCAAGCAUUUCGUCAAUCCGGAUUUUAUGGAUGGCUCUUUCGACCGAGACUGUCUGACCUGGCCGGAGUUCUGUUUGUAG